CUCUGGGAAAAUGAGUGCAGAGUCCUAAAUAAUUGAAGCCCCCUCAAAUCGUGUCUUUCUCCACCGCGAACAAGAUAUGCCGGCUGUACAUCACAAACUCCUCCUGGAGGAAGCCCUGCAGGACAGCCCUCAGACUCGUUCCCUGCUCAGCGUGUUUGAGGAGGAUGCGGCGAACCUCACCGAAUACACCAACCAGCUGCUGCAGUCCAUGCAGCGAGUGUAUGGAGCUCAGAGCGAGAUGGCUUUGGCCACAGAGCAGCUCUCCCAGCAGCUUCUUUCAUACGAGAAGAAAAAUUUUGCCCUCGGGAAAGGUGACGAAGAAGUAAUCGGGACGCUGCAGGACUUCGCCAAAACAGUAGACGAGCUGAACUCGCUCCACUCAGAGCUCGCCAACCAGAUGGCCGACACCAUGGUCUUUCCCUUGAUCCAGUUCAGAGAAAAAGACCUUACGGAAAUAAGCACGCUGAAGGAAAUAUUUGGCAUUGCCACCGACGAACAUGAGGCAGCCAUGGUCAAAUACAGCCGUCUACCCAAAAAGAAGGAAAAUGAGAAGCUGAAAGCCGACCUGGUGAAAGAGGUGGCGUACACCCGUAGGAAGCAGCAUCAGGCCUCGCUGCAGUAUUACUGUGCCCUCAAUGCCCUGCAGUACCGUAAGAGGGUCGCCAUGUUGGAACCCAUGCUGGGAUACACGCAGGCACAGGUCAGUUUCUUCAAAAAAGGUCUGGAGCACGUGUCAAAGAAGAUGGACAGUUUCCUCUCCUCUGUGUCCAACAUGACUCAAAAUAUUCAGGCUCAGCUGGACGCCGAUGCGGAAGCCAUGCGAGUGUCCCAGAAGGAGCUCCUGUCUGUGGACGACUCGGUCUACAUGCUGGACCAGGACUCUGAGCCAGUCAACCGCACUCUUAUCCAGAAGGCUGGUUUCCUCAACAUUAGAAAUAAAACGGGCCUGGUCACCACAGCCUGGGACCGCCUCUAUUUCUUCACGCUGGGGGGGAACCUCAUGUGCCAGCCCCGGGGGGCGGUGGCCGGGGGCAUGGUGCUGGACCUGGACAACAGUUCCGUCAUGGCCAUCGAGUGUGAAGACCGACACUACUGUUUCCAAAUCACAUCGCCAUCGGGAAAAGCGUCCAUGAUUCUACAAGCAGAGAGCAAAAAGGAAUACGAAGAAUGGAUUUGCACUGUCAACAACAUCUCCAGACAGAUCUACCUGACCGACAACCCAGAGGCUGUGGCUAUCCGCUUGAACCAAACUGCCAUCCAGGCCGUCACGCCCAUCACCAGCUUUGAGAAGAGGCAGGAAGGCUCACCUGACCCUGACAGAGCAAAACCAGGAGGCGUCUACACCACCAGUGCCGUGUCCCAGAAGACAGGAGCUGCCCCGGAACCAGAAGACCUGAUCGCCCCCGGGACGCCCAUCCAGUUUGACAUCGUGCUGCCCGCCUCUGAAUUCCAGGAUCAGAACAGAGUGGACGGGAGGCGCACAAAUCCAUUUGGAGAAAGCGAUGACGACUGUUCCGGCGAAAGCGACGACGCCCUCUUGCAGCAGGUGUUCGCCGUGCGCUUCCUGGGCUCCAUGGCGGUGCGCUGCGGCGACAACCAGGAGGUGAUCUACGAGGCCAUGAGGCAGGUGCUGGCCGCCCGAGCCAUACACAACAUCUUCAGGACCACCGAGUCCCACCUCAUGGUCACCAGCAGCUGUCUCAGGCUGAUUGACCCUCAGACUCAGGUGACAAGAAUAAGUUUUCAGUUGCGGGAGGUGUGUCAGUUUGCGGCUCACCAGGAGAACAGCAGGCUGAUGGGCUUCGUGGUGGAGGGUCGAGACUGGAGCGACGGCGGCCAAGACGGCGAGCCUUCAUUUAGCGCCUUCGUUUUUGAGAGCAACACCGAGGGCGAGAAGAUCUGUUACACCAUGAGUCUCGCUAAGGACAUCACAGAAGCCAAGAAGGACCCUGUAGCUCUGGCCCAGAUCAUGAAGAACAUGCCGCUGACAAACGACGGCAAAUUCCUGCUGCUGGAACCUGAGAGCAGCGACGCUGCCGACGGGGAAGCACUAGAGGACCUGGAAUCUGAGGCCUAGAAGCAGAAACUCAACCGGGACCAAUCCAGGAAUGAAUGAAGGUCUGAUCAUAACGUUUUUUGACUGCGGAACUGCAACAUGCUCGCUCAUAAUCAUAAACAUAAACGGCAGAAACAUAAAUGUCAUAAAAAGCUGUGAGGGCUCAAGUUCUAAAGUUCUGCUUCUCACUUUCAUUUUCAUGCAAAUUGGCUCAACUGGAGCUUCAUGAAGGAUUCACUUGGUCCUUUUUAGCAAAUGAAUUGUUUGGAAUGUAGCGUUUAGCGUAAUUCCUCUAAUAGUGGCCCCCAGGAAAAUCAAUCAUUGGCCACAAAAUAAACGUCAUGUCAAAUCUCUGCCGCGCUUUCAAUGAGCGACAAGGGCAAGAUGUAAAACUAAAUGAAUAUUAGCACUCAUUUGUGAAAAUGACAACACGUAUACCGUAUUUUUCGGAGUAUAAGUCGCACCUGCCGAAAAUGCAUAAUAAAAAAGGAAAAAAACAUAUAUAAGUCGCACUGGAGCCCGUCCAAACUAUGGAAAAAAACUGCGACUUAUAGUCCGAAAAAUACGGCAAAUAAUGAAUGUUGUCUUAUUAUUGCAACUGUAUUCUUUAAAAAUGAUACCUUUUGCAAUAAAUUUUCAGUAAAAUUAUCACUUUCCUUUGUAAUAUUAUGCCUUUAUGCUUAGAAAAUUACAGCAUUUUUUCUCAAACAAUAUGAUUUCAUUCUUUUAAACUUCUUUGUGAAGUAACAUUUAAUGUCAGUAUAAUCAGGACUUUCCCCCUAAUAUGACUUAAUUCUUAUGAAAUGAUACUUCUAUUAAAAGAUGACGUAAUAUCAGGCAUGGCCAUUCAGGACACGUCCUCGGUGGUUUAUUUGAAGUGACAAAGACAAAUGAUGACGUGACAAAUAUGAAAAUAUACUUGGUGGCAGAACAUUUUCUCUCAAUAUACGAUCUUUGGUCAUGCACAGCUGAACCCGCUACAUUGUCGGUACGAUAUUGUCAUGUCAGUUGAAGUAGAAGGUUGGGAGUUCAAAUCCAUGUUGAAGUCAAGUUUCUAAACUGAUGUUUUAAUGAUGUUGAUAUUGUUUAAUAUUCUUAAAUCAAAUCAAAUCAAAUCAACUUUAUUUAUAAAGGGGAAGUGCACUUUCUGGGCAAUUCUGCCUAUCGUUGACAAUCAUUAUGAAAUGAUAAUGCAUUCUAAAUAUUAAAUAAACAUAAAUAAAAGUCAGCUUACAGCGGAGCCAAUGGGAGGUCCAUUAUUCCGCCAAUAAAAUCCAAUAACUAACUAUUCAAAAAGCGCCAACAAUACUCCAUUUACAUUUGGAGACUUGAAUAUUAACAAGUAUUAGUGAUAUUGUUAUUAUAAGCGCUAACACAGAUGCACUAUUUAUAGUGGCGACGUGAUCACUUCCUGUGUGUCUAUGUUUACAUCAUCGAGUGGUUUGCUGUUUCCUCGCUUUCUUGCUCCCUGUAAGUUUAUUGUAGAUCAUAAAUCAUGCAUUUCACCUGGUCAGUAGAUGGCUAAGGAUAUAAUCUGACAAGUUGGGACACUAGCAGACCUGGAACUGUAACGAAAAGUACCUUUAUCCCCGCCUCCCACCCUGUUUAUUUGUGAGGAUUAUGAGUCAUUUUUCAUCUAAAUGGGAAAUUAUGAACAUCCUAGCAGUCUAAUGACAGCAGACAUUUUACAGUAAGUGAUGUUUUAUUAUGUUUGUUGGCUCUAAUAAAGUCUGCAGCGAGUAAUAAUCAGUGAUGAAGAAAAAAAAGCAAACAUUGAGAUACGGUUUUUGAAAUGCUUUGUGUAUGCUUAAAAUGAUCAAAAGAGGUAAAUAUUAAAUAUUAUAAAUGUUACUUACAUCAUGUGUAUAAAACCCAAUGGAGGUGUUUGGAUGUUUUUUAAAGGGUUUAUAGGCAGAAUUGAAUAGCUCCUAUAAGCUCCAUUGUAAGCAGACUUUUAUUUACGUUUAAUAUUUAGAAUGCAUGGGGGGGGGGGGGUCCAUCCGUCGUCAUGUCUUUCAUAAUGAUUGUGAACGAUAGACAACAUUAAAAAAAAGUGCACUUCCCCUUUAAGUUCAGCAUAGUAAUUGAAAAAGUGGAUUGUUCAUUGUAAUAUUGUUUAUCUGGUGCUGAGUUACACAUGAUUUCAGCCUUUCAAAGCUCCUUGUCAAAUCCUAGUUACGGCCCUGUCAUGUCGUUAUUCUCAUCAAAUCAUACAAUUUUAUUUCAUAUGUCAUAUAAUUUUUCUAAUUGAUACAACACAACUUCCUUUCCCUGUAAUGUUACAAAUUAUUUUGUAAAUUUAGGAAUAUUUCCCAUAAUAUAACUACUUUUAAAAUGAAAUUUUGUCUGACAAUUAUGCUUCUUUUUGCUUGUAAACAAAGUCAUUUUUUAUAUAUAUAUAAUUUCCAACUGUUUUCCUAUGAUAUGAAUACUAAGGAUUUAUGUAUGUCAGUACUGCAGUUGCCACAGCAAGAGGAAAUACGGUAACGCUUGUUUGUUUUCGCAAUGUUGCUGCCACCAUGUGGACGGCAGAAGCAUUGCAUGCUGUCUCAGCAGCGUUAACCCUAGUGGUAAGAAACACUCCAGUUUACAGACUUUUAAAGUCCUAUCAGCAGACCUCAGAUCAGCUCAACAAAGUCUUCACUGACGCUUCUUGGUAAGGAAAGAUGUCAUUUGCUUAGGUUUACAUUUAAUAUAUAUUUUUGUAGCUUUUCUUUUCUUAUGCAUUUACAUUUUCAUCUUUAAUGAACGUUUUGCACUCUAAAGGGAUGAUGUGUGUUGUUUGAAUAGUAAUACUUUUUGAAGGCUUGAGAUUGCACUAAUGAAAACAUUCCAUCAGCGUUGCAUGAUCAGCAUCAGGCAAAGGAAAUCACCACUAAUUGUGUUGUUUGUGUGUAUGUACCAACAUCAACAAGUACAGUAUGUUCCAUUGUAUUUAGUCAUGUGACUCACAGCAAACAUACAAAUAAAAGCAUGGGAUCUUUAAUAA